AUGAUCAAUGAUACGACAGCAACCCUUGCUUCAUUGGCGUACUCCAUUCCUUCUUUGCCCAACACUCGUGUUGUUAUGGGUCUGAUCGUGGGCGCGGGAUGCAACACGACCGUUCCCAUGAAACUUGCCGACUUGCAUGAAUCCAAAACUAAAAGCAUUCUUGAAAAACACCCCGACGCAAAGGAAACGCUCAUCUCGACCGAAUGGACUCUCUCCACUGCAGCAGCUUCUUUUGAUGAGCUUGGUAUUCGAACAGAAUGGGACCUUGAGCUGGAUAGAAAUUGCAAAAGACCCGGUUUCCAGCCAAUGGAAUAUAUGAUCGGCGGUGGAUAUACUGGCGAGCUUGUCCGCAUUGUCUGUUAUGAUUGGUUCCAUCGAAUUUUGGGAAUACAACGCUCUAAGUUACCACUGAAGUUGGUCGAGGAAUAUUCUCUUUCGACAGAAUAUCUCUCCCUGGUUGUCGCCUCUUCUAUGUCCGAUGAGCGCUUGGCAAGUGAGUUGUCCAAAACACUUCAACCAUCACCCGAGAGUGAUUGGACCUGGUCGGCUGAAUAUGCCCGGGAUAUUCGAGCCAUUGCCUCGGCUGUGCAGGGUCGAGCGGCUUCAUUGGUGGCAUCUGCAGUUGUUGGUCUCCUAGGCUGCACCAAUGAAGUCCAACUAGGCGAUAUGACACCCAAGUGCAAUGAAGAACAAGUCAAUACAAAACCUAAAGUUACUGAACAAACAGACUCGUCAACGGGUUGGAAUAGUGGGCCCGAGGAGCUCGCCGUGGCAUUCUCGGGUGGAGUCAUUCAACACUAUCCUCACUAUAAAGAAACUGUACAGAGAUAUAUUGAUCGACUACUACUGCGAGCUGGUCCUCAAGCAGGCGGAAAGAGUGUCUUCCUGCGGGAGGCCAGCGAUGGCGGGAUCAUUGGAACUGGUGUCCUUGCAGGAACAGCGUCGGGGGAAAUUGGAGAAAUCAAGGCUACUAACAAUUAG